AUGCCUUUAAAAAGGUAUCAGCAAAUUUUACGAUGCCUUCACUUUACAAAUAAUGAAGAAUCCGAUGUCACUGAUAGAUUUUUCAAAGAUCGUCCAGUCUUAGAUAUUAUAAGAUCGAAUUGCCUAAAAUUAAGUCAGGGGCAACGUUUUUCCAUCGAUGAAAUGAUGGUGCCAUAUAAGGGCAAAAAAGCUGGGUCUCGACGCCAGUACAUACAGAACAAACCAAAAAAAUGGGGAAUCAAGUUAUUUGUUCGUGCAGGGAUAGAUGGGAUGGUGUAUGACUUUUUAGUGUAUUCGGGGGAUUGUACAUUUCGGAACAUCACUUUUUCUACAUUUGAAACUGGUAAUUUUGGACUUGGUCCUAAAGUAGUUAUUGCAUUAUGUUCUACUAUACCAAAUAAACCAUUGAGUAUGGUUUAUUUUGAUAACUUCUUCACUAUCCCAGAAUUGAUAUAUUAUUUAAGAGAUGAAUUUGGAAUUCUGAGUUUGGGGACAUUGAGGAAGCAACAUUUACGGGGUUGUCCAUUGAUAGAAGACAAAAAGUUAAAUAAAUUGCCAAGAGGCUCAUUUAAAAGUCAGUGUGAUAUCAAUAAAAUUUUUAUAAUUUUUCUCAUACAUGGAUUCAUAUUGUUUUCAUCGAGUGUAUCUGAUGAUGAUGAAUUAGUAGAUGACAAUGGUUUUGCAGGUUUGUUUCUUCUGCCAUUAAAAAAGUCUUCAUCUUCUUCAUUUGAGACAACCACUCUACUUGGUCCAGGCGCAUAA